AAUUGGAGAAUAUUUGCUCACCGCUGGUUAUUAUAUGACGCGUUCAUGCAGUGCCCCAUGUUGUCGGGUGAAUGGUUGGCCACAUUUCUUACUGGUUCUAGAAAACGAAUAUUUGAUCCGCAUGGAGAUUGUGGUGACAGCAUCAUUGCCUUCAACAGUAGGCAUAUCGCGGCAAAAGACAACAGUUUGUAUUGGCGACGCUUCCUUUACACGCAUCAUACCAGGCAUGCAUUCGGGCCCUAUCGCGUUGAAGAAACAAUGGCAGAAUUACAUGCCAGGGACCCGACCGAGGUCAGCAUCACAUGUUUCCGUCUUCAUUCAUCUCUCAUUACAACGGCCCGUGGCCCUUGUAUUGAGCGACCUAUUUGCUUAAGAUGGUCAAUGUCUACCGCUGAAACACUUGUCCUCAGGCGUGAAGUUCGGGCCCACUUAAGAAACUGCGCUUCUCGGCCAGACUGGCUUUCACGUCUACAUAUAUUCCCAGAUGGUAUUGAGGUAUAUCUCGCAGUUUUUGUCGAGGCAAUUUUGUUACAAACCGUACCUGAAGAGUUAAUCAAAAAUGUUUCCGGUGUUAUACGGCAAGUGAUGCCGGUCCCAAAACGACUCGACGCGUAUACUGCGGAGGAAAUCAGGACCUAUCCCAAGCUGUUCGAUUGGUACGUGUAA